AUGGAAUUCAUCACCGAUAUCAACAUCUUAUCACCAAUGCAGAAGUUCAUUGUUGAACAGCGCCUCGCAGUAGAUGACACAGGUGAGCAUACCACCUAUGAAAAGAUAAGAGCUGCUUUCGAAGAAAAAAAAAUGAAGUUAGGUUAUCCUGAUGAAAAAGUUUUAUAUAAGAAUAAUAUUACAACCUGUUUAUUAGAUAUCGCGAUGGGCUACAGGUGGGAAAAAUCUGCAAGUCUCGGAGGAAGACGCUUUUACCUGUGUCCAAAAGACGAUUCCGAUUUAUGCGACGAGAUUCGUGCAGAUAAUGCUAAAGGACAGUUACUUGACAGAGAAGAGAUCGCCGAGCUUGCUCCGUAUUAUAAAAUGAAACGACUGAGUACAGCUUUCAAGUUCCUGUCUUCAUGUGACUGCGAUCUUGAAACUCCCAGCCUUCAGUGGGUCAGUCUUUUCCUUGACCGACAUGAGAUCCCCUACAGGAAGGUCAGGGAAAUUGAACCAAAACGAUACUUUGCCUGCCCAGGAGAAGAAGUUAUGGCUUAUCAUCAAGGGGUCAAGAAUCUGAUGAUUCAAUUUGCUCGCCAGUGUAUCUAUAACAUGGAUGAGUUCAUGUUGUCUUGCCUUAAGGCAAGGAAUGCGGCAUGCCCCAAACAUGUUAAACAACUGAUUUCAAAGGGUGUUCCUGGAUUGCCGUACAUAUCGGCACUCCUCUGCCAUAAUAUGGAUGACGAGGCUGUUCCAUCGUUUUUUGUGCUUCCUGGAUUGAGGAAUCUUCCAUUAGAGUUGGACGAGUUUUCCAAAUCAUGUGAAGCCUUCUUUGCUUCCUCACCCAAGGGAUGGGCUACUCGGGAGAUCUUCCUUUUAUGGACAUUUCACUUAACCGAGUAUUUAGAGAGGCAUAGGAAGCAGAUGUGUGAGGAGCUAAGAGAUCGCGAUACUCUUCUGAUUUUGGAUGGAAACAUGUCUAGGGAAUGUCCAUUAGCACUCUCAAUACUCAGACUCCACAGAGUGCAUGUGUACAUAUUUCCAAGUCACUGCACGCAUGUUUACCAGCCAUUCGAUAUUGGCUUGGCUGGUAACGUGCGUAAGAAGUUCUCGAAGUACUAUAGAGCCAAACUUCAAGAGCUUGAACAAGAUACGAGACCUCAUAUUAUUACGCAGGUUAGGUACAGCGCAAUCAAAUUGUUAAUUGUGGCUUGA